CCAACCAAUCAGAAAUACGAUAGCAGUGAGCGUCAAAAUGGCAGCCAAACCUAAAACAACACAGGUGGUCAACACAUCCCGAAAUGGAGAAGUCAUGGCAUGGAAAACCAAAACUGAGCAGGCCAAAAAGGGUGAAAUUUUACGGGAAAUUAAUAAAUUGGAGAUACAAAUUCAGGCAAUGGAGAGAGAGAAGGGAACACAUAUCUACAGCAAGCGAAGUGACUAUAGAGCAGACUUCGUUCAACUUGAAGAGCAGGAUAGCAAGAUGACCACACAAAGGAAGACAGAAAAGAUAAAGUUACGCCAACAGUUAGAGAAGAUAAGCCACAUGGUGAAGAGGUUUCAACGAGAACUGAAGGAUAUCAAACCCACACCUGAAUUUGUUGAGAAGUUGAAGGUGAUCAUGGAGGACAUAGAAGGAACUAUAAACACAUUCAAGUUGCAGCAGCGUCAGUUGUAUGAGGAACUGAUGAAGGAAGAGAGGACGACCACACAGGAGAUCCAGGCGCUAGAGAAGAGAUUCGAGGUGUGGAGUCAGGUCCGAGAUGGCGGGGCAUCUGCUACCAGAGUUGCCAGUGUCAGGGCACCCUCAACAGCUCGAGACAUCACCAAAGAUCUUCCACCAGAAGUUGCAGCCUUUGAGAAAUUUCUCCAGCAAACAGGCGGAGUGCGUGGGGGUUGGGAUGAGUAUGACCAUCAGACCUUCCUCAAGUUCAGGAACAGAUUCAAGGGCAAGAAUGUGUUUGUGCAGCACCUGAUUCCAGCACUGCCAACAAAGCAGGAAGACGAAAUCCACGACCAUGAGUCUUGGUAUCAGGAAUAUCUCUUCCUCAACGAUGUCAAGAAGGAUGCUAUAAAAGCGUGGAGACAAAGGAAACAGGGGGAGAAGGAGGAGCUGCUGGCCCAUGUGGAUGAGGAGAACCUGGAGGAAGAGCAGGAAGAGAUGAGAAAGGCCCAGCUAAAGGAGGAGGUGGAGAGUGAGAAGAGGGAGAGAUUUUCACGCCUGAAUGCAUGGAGGGUGCAGAAGGAGCUGGAGAAGGCCCAGGUGGAGGAGCGGAGGAUGAGGGAGGAGAUGGCUCGAACCAAGAAACAGGAAGAUGAAAAGAAAAGACAGAUGGAGAUGCGGUCACGGGUGUUGGAGUACAAGCAACAGCGAAAGGAUGAGGAGGAGUUCCUCCGGGCGCAGGAGGAGAGGUGGGAGCAGGUGGAGAGUGAGAGGAAGCAGCAGCUGUCCGCCCGGGAGAUUGUCAAGUUCAGGGACCGGGAUCUAAAAGCGGUAUCUGAGAGGGUUAUGAAGAAGAAGGCCAAAGAAGAAGAAGAAAUAGAAAAAGAGAAAAAAUUGGCGAGAAUAAAGCAACAGGUGGAGAUGUUUGUUCCGAGAGAUCCCACCCGCCUGUAUAAGCCGACCAAAGGGUGGAAGGAAAGACUGAAAGAACCGGGUCCGAGUGGCGGGGGCCAGGUGCUUCAAAUGCCUCACAGAGCUGUUCCAUCCUGGAGGCAAGGCCUCAACUGACUGCGGACACCUGCCACCCAAGAAAACAGCUGGUGGAAGUUUACAACAGAAAGAUUAAAGUGCAAUUCUAUUUUCAAACAAAGUGUAUUUGGGUCACACAGGCGAGCAAUCUGGUCCCAUUAGAACUAUUACCUGUAUUACUUUACCUUCCAAACUUUUUAUUCAAUAAACAUAAUAAACAUUCAAUAAAAGGUGGGUUUAGCUGGCUAGCUGGCAGACAAGUACUUAAACAUCCCUCUUCGUGUUGAUGUCAUAUUUGUGAAGUGAGAAUACCACAUAUGACCCGACUGCAAUAUUAUGCUGACAGUUUAGAACCAUGUGCACAUAUGUAUCAUGUACUAUGCUUGAGCACAAAGUGCCUUGAACAAGGUGCAUUAAUAAAAAUCAUUUGCUAGAUAUAAACAUGUAUGUAUAUACAAAUAAAUUAACAACAUACCGUGAGCGACAUCAAGUACCCGAUGUAAGAUCUUGAUCUCAAGAUGUACUUUGUUCAGUUUACACUCAGGUUGUGUCAGUCUGGGGCGUUGUGAGCUUCCAUGGCUGCAUGUCAUAUCUACCACAUCAUAUCUAGAAAUCAUUUAUUACCACUUUGUUUAUGUUUGUAUGUAUAUUUUUCUGAAUCUCUGGUUUAACUAGUUCCGUCCAAGCCAUAUACUUUGUAUAUUUUAUACCUUGUUUUUAGCCAGGUCACAUUAUGUUUGGUUGUAAUCAUAGAUGUGACACUUCAGUUUUACAAGAUAAACAUACAUGACAUAUGAAUACUAUCACAGUGACAAUGGUUUAUAACAAGGAAUGUCUUUGUUUGGUUUCAUGUUCUAUUUAGGGAUGAAAUUGAUGUGAUUUGACAACAUUGUCGAUCCUUUCAGUAGCACAUGUCGGAGCAAGUCUGUGUGCAUUAUCGAGUCUCACACAGUAGGG